ACUUUCACAGGUUCUGUUGAAAAGGAGCAAGUAAAAGGGCCGCAGUUUAGCCAAAGACAGUCAAUGCCAGCUGACCACUUCUGGAAACCAAACUUACAGAAAAUUGCAUAACUAUUUAUUGACACUCACACUUGCCUCUUUCCAAAUCCAUGCUUUUCACACUUCUCAAAAAAAAAUUGCUAACUCAUUUCAACGUAUCGAAGCUAUAGCCGCAAAACACGUUAAGCUUCUUUUCGGUCAGUUUUGGUUGACAUUUACAAGAGGUUGUUUUACCUAAGUUGUCUUUGUACUUGACGGAGGUUUCAAAGUUUGUUUUUAUAUUUACUAUGAUCAAUGAAUAUUCCUUCUAGUUGAAACUAUCUCUGUUUUCAGAUGAAACCCAUGUGAAAAAUUCAUCGAUUUAUUGGUGUUAUUAAAGUUCUUGAGUGACACAGAAUUCUUGAAAACCCAGGAAUAAAACUGUAUGUUAUUCUUCAUUUUGAGUAUUUUGAUUUAAUUACGAAAUUAGGGGUUGAUCUAGACGAGUGCUAGAUCUUGUAAGGGAAAUCUCAGCGUUGAUAGUUUUGAUUAUUAGUGAAAUUGGUGAAACAUUACAGCUUCUUGUUUUAUGCAUUUGCUUUUAAAGGUUGAAAAGAGUUGAAGUUAGUGUUUUUGCAAUUGAUUGAUAGAUUAAGGAGUUGGACUAUUCUGAGUAGUUUGAUAUUUGAUAGAAAAUAAGAUGGUUGGAUCUGUGGAAGGAGUAACAAGUCAUCCUUACCCUAAUGGGCUGAUUCAAAGUACUAAUGGUUCUGUGGAGGAGAAGGUUGAUGAGCUUCGUCGAAUUUUUGGUAAAGCGGAUGGUGAUCCAUUGAGAAUUGUGGGUGUUGGAGCAGGAGCAUGGGGCAGUGUUUUUGUUGCAAUGUUGCAGGACGCGUAUGGUAACCUUCGAGAGAAGGUGCAGAUUAGAAUAUGGAGAAGAGCUGGAAGAAACGUUGAUAAAGCUACUGCAGAGCAUUUAUUUGAGGUCAUUAAUUCAAGGGAAGAUGUAUUAAGGAGGUUGAUAAGAAGGUGUGCAUACUUGAAGUAUGUUGAGGCAAGAUUAGGUGAUAGGACAUUACACGCCGAUGAGAUUCUGAAAGAUGGGUUUUGUUCGAAUAUGAUUGACACGCCACUUUGCCCUUUAAAGGUUGUCACCAAUUUGCAGGAGGCUGUGUGGGAUGCUGAUAUUGUUAUUAAUGGAUUGCCAUCAACAGAAACUAGGGAAGUAUUUCAAGAAAUUAGUCGGUAUUGGAAUGAACGUAUUACUGUUCCAGUCAUUGUAUCCUUGGCAAAGGGCAUAGAGGCUGAACUAGGGACUGAACCCCGCAUUGUUACCCCAACGCAAAUGAUUAAUAAAGCAACUGGAGUUCCAAUAGAGAACAUCUUGUAUCUUGGUGGACCUAAUAUUGCAUCAGAGAUUUACAACAGAGAAUACGCCAAUGCUCGGAUAUGUGGAGCUGAGAAAUGGCGAAAAGCACUCGCUAGAUUUUUGAGGCAGCCACAUUUUAUUGUAUGGGACAAUGGCGACCUGGUAACUCAUGAGGUCAUGGGUGGUCUAAAGAAUGUAUAUGCCAUUGGAGCUGGUAUGGUUGCAGCUCUUACUAAUGAAAGUGCCACGAGCAAGUCAGUGUACUUCGCACAUUGUACAUCUGAGAUGAUAUUCAUUACACAUCUCCUGGCGGAAGGACCCGAGAAGCUUGCAGGUCCACUUCUGGCUGAUACAUAUGUGACCCUGUUGAAAGGUCGUAAUGCUUGGUAUGGCCAAAAGUUGGCCAAAGGGGAAAUAAACCUUGAUAUGGGUGACAGCAUCAAGGGAAAGGGGAUGAUACAGGGAGUUUCAGCAGUAAAAGCCUUCUAUGAGCUACUUAGUCAGUCCAGUUUAAACAUUUAUCAUCCUGAUGAAAACAAACAAGUAGCUCCUGUUGAACUUUGUCCUUUAUUGAAGACAUUGUACAGAAUACUGAUAAUGAGGGAGGUUUCAUCGGAGGCUAUUCUUCAGGCCUUGAGAGAUGAAACUAUGAAUGAUCCACGUGAUCGUAUUGAGAUUGCACAAAGCCAAGCCAUCUACAAACCUUCAUUACUUGGGCAGUAGCCAUCUACAAAGCCAAUGAAGGUUUUUUGAGAUUAUCAAUCAAUCAAUGAAGGAUUGCACAAAGCCAAGCCAUCUACAGACCUCCAUCCUGUACAAUCCAGUUAUCCAAAUUCUUUGGCAGUAAAGUUGUUGCUUAAAAAAAUUAGGUUUUGUAUGUUCAGUCAGUUCUGUAAUAUGCUCUUAGACAAGUUGGUUAUCUGGACGUACUCUCUUGAAGCAUUUGAAUUGAUGUUGUAUCAUGUUCUUUGAUUUAUUCAAUCUCUAUUUACCCAGAAA